AUGCCAAAUAAUGCGUUGAAACAAGGCUCCAAAAUCGAAAGUGUCUCUCCUUCCAAAGGCCACGUUCCAAGUUUUUGGAAACAGUUCAUAAACAACCCUAAGAGUAUGUCGUCCGAAAAUAUCACGGUCCCCAGAUCGCCCACUUCGCUUUCGAGGAAUGCUCAACCAACCACUUUACAGAGGCCCCCACUAUCCUCAAGGCCAUACUCAUAUAACACCCCAACGAAGGAUAGGAAAUCCUUCUCCAAAUCUACAAAACAGAACAAUAACACCAAUAACACUACUUCUGGGACGUCGCCCCACGCGGAGUUCAAAAAUUAUAGAGAUAUGUUUUUAUCUAAUAGAAAUGGCUUUACUGGUAGAGUUUUUGGUGUUACUCUGGCAGAAUCGCUAAGCGUUGCCAGUGCAGAGGUCAUUGUUCAAAGUGAAUUGGUAAGUUUUGGUCGGAUACCCAUCGUGGUGGCCAAGUGCGGCGCAUACUUAAAAGCGAAUGGAUUAGAGACCUCAGGUAUAUUUCGUAUUGCAGGCAACGGUAAAAGAGUAAAAGCACUUCAAUACAUCUUUUCGUCGCCCCCUGAUUAUGGUACCAAAUUUAACGACUGGGAGACAUAUACAGUGCACGACGUUGCAUCGCUCCUGAGAAGAUACCUAAACAAUUUAGCUGAACCGUUAAUUCCUUUAUCUCUAUACGAACAAUUCAGAGAUCCGCUACGAACUAAACCAAGAAUUCUAAGGCAUAUGCUAACCCACGAAGUUUCUCAUCCAAAUUCUAAUAAGGCGAAUCACCUAUCGAUGAAACCUAGCAGACAGAAUUGUAAUGACGAUGGUGCUAAUGAUGGUGAUAUUGAAAGAGAGGAUGCCAAAGAUGAUGAAGAGAAAAGAAGAAGAAAAAUACGUCACAAGAGGAGACUAACUCGCGAUAUAAGGGCAACCAUUAAAGAAUACGAAGAGCUCUUUGUCACCUUAUCUAACGACACAAAACAGUUAACAAUAUAUUUGCUAGACUUACUAAGCCUUUUCGCCAGACAAUCACAAUUCAACCUUAUGUCUGGAAGAAAUUUAGCUGCUAUUUUCCAACCUUCCAUACUAUCACAUCCUCAACAUGAUAUGGACCCUAAAGAAUACGAACUAUCCCGACUGGUGGUGGAAUUUUUGAUAGAAUAUUCCUACAAGUUAUUACCGCAUCUUUUGAAGUUGGCCAAGAAGGAACAGCAAGAGAGAUUAUCAAGCGAAAACAAGAACAACGAUGAAAACAAACAAAAGACAGAUCCUAUACCAAUACCAAAGAUCACCUCAUCGGACGUUCCACCUACAGCUUCUUCUAAUAGAUAUAAAUCAACGAUUGACGAUAACAAUAAAGCCGAUCACCAGACACUAUCACCAAUAUCCACUUCAAUAGCAGAUGAUUCAUUAGGUUUACAGACUUCUAAACUGUUGAAGCCUCCUAAACAAAGAAGACCACAUUCCAAAUCCUUUGGUUCUACUCCAGUUCCUCCAGAUGUUAUUGCUAGUAAUAAAAGGCGAACAAGUCUAUUUCCAUGGUUACAUAAACCGGGUAUUCUAAGCGACACUGGUGACAAUGGCGAUUUAACCGCUACUGAGGCUGAAGGCGAUGAUUAUGAAGAAGAAAAUAUCGACCCGUAUAGUCAAUCUCCGUCGAGUAUGCAAUCGGGUUCCUUACCCAAACAACAUCAUUUACCGAUCCCUCAAAUGAACAGAUCGUUGAGUGGGAAUAGUACCACCUCAUCAUUUAAUAUCAAGCCGAUUUCAAUGAUCUUGACUGGUGGCAAUAAUGGCAAUAAUAAUUCGGCAGAUAAUUUGGAAUUACUACAUAAUACUCCCAGCAACAUUGAGCGCAAUAAUGCAUCGCCACUAACUGAAGAUGGUGGCGAAGAGAGAAAUUCAAGGUCACGCAAGAGGGAUUCAUGGUUUCAAAGAUUGACGAGUCGAUCAGGCUCAGCUAACAGAGCUUGA